CUUGUUAGGACCCUCUAUCUGAUCCGAGUUCUUGAGUGCCCUUUCAACUCUAGCUGACGAGCUUCUAAGAAUCUCCUUGUUUUCUUAAGACAACCAAAAAUCCCGGAUGGGAUUCCUUCAAAUUAUUGUACAAACUUUCAUCACUCUCUCUGUUUAUUCACAAAUUGCUUUGAAAUGGUGGCAAGAUCAUUCAUGGUUAUUUAUCCGGACACGAUGGAAUUGUUUGAAAAUCUUGGAGUUGAUCGGGAGCUCUCUGACUUAUCAUUCUCUGUGAGUUUGGAUGAAGGCCAAGGAUGUGAAUGGGGCACCAGAAACGGAUUGUCAAGUUUGUUCGCUCAAAAGAAGAACGUGUUGAAUCCAUACUUUUGGAAUAUGAUUAGAGAAAUCAUUAAGUUCAAGGGUGAUGCAUCAGCUUACGUUGAAGAGCUUGAGAACAAUCCAGACAUCGAUCGCAAUGAGACUCUAGAGGACUACAUUCGGUCGCGCGGUUACUCUGAGCUGUUCCAGAAGGCUUUUCUUAUCCCAACUUGUGCUUCUAUCUGGUCAUGCUCCUCAGGAAUGAUGAGCUUCUCUGCUUAUUCAGUACUUUCACUUUUGCACAAUGACCCCGCUUUGCAGCUCAUCGGUCGCCCCCAUAGGCUUACUCCAAGAUGGUGUUCGCAAAGUUAUGUCGAUAGGGUUAAGAAAGAGCUGGAAAGUAGAGGCUGCCAUAUAAGAACCAAUUCUGAAGUAUACUCAAUUUUGACAAAUGAUGAGGGUUGUGCUAUUAUUUCUAAGGAUGGCUUGGAAGAAGUAUAUGAUGGAUGCAUAAUUGCUGUAAAUGCUCCAGAUGCUCUGAAGGUGUUAGGGAAGCAGGCAACAUAUGAUGAAUCAAGAAUACUUGGUGCAUUUCAAUAUGCCUACAGUGAUCUUUUCCUUCACCAUGACAACAAUUUAAUGCCCAAAAACCCCGCAGUAUGGAGCUCAAGGAAUUUUCGAGGAACCAUCAAGAACAAAGCUUAUAUAACAUACUGGCUCAACAAUCUCCAGAAUGUUGGUGAGACUGUUCCAUUUUUCUUGACUCUAAAUCCACCAAAAACACCUAAACUUACCUUGUUCAAGUGGUCAACUAGCCAACCAAUCCCAUCAGUUGCUGCAUCAAAAGCUUUACAUCAGCUCAAUGUUAUCCAAGGAAAGAGGAGAAUGUGGUUCUGUGGAGCAUACCAAGGCUAUGGUUUCCCUGAGGAUGGGGUAAAGGCAGGUAUAGUUGCUGCAAAUGGCUUGCUUAGAAAAAGUUAUACUGUUCAGAAACACUCCAAACACUUGGUACCCUCCUCACUUGAAAGUGGAGCACGCCUUCUUGUUACAAGGUUUCUUGAACGAUUCAUAACUACGGGCUGCUUAAUUUUACUGGAAGAAGGAGGUACAAUUUUUACCUUUGAAGGUACCAGAAAAAAGAGCACCUUAAAAGUUACAUUGAGGGUUCACAACCCAGCGUUUUAUUGGAAGGUUGCAACAAAAGCUGAUUUAGGCUUUGCCGAUGCCUACAUUGAUGGGGACUUCUCUUUCAUUGAUAAAAAUGAAGGUCUUCUUAACUUUUUUCAGAUAUUCAUAGCCAAUGCAGAGUUUAAUACUUAUAUCUCAAAGUUAGGCAAGAAAAGGGGAUGGUGGACACCCUUGCUUUACACUUCUAUGAUAGCUUCUGCAAAGAGUUUCCUUAAGCAUGUAUUGAGGCAAAAUACAAUCGAUCAGGCACGUCGAAACAUCUCAGACCAUUAUGAUCUAAGCAAUGAAUUAUUUUCUCUAUUCAUGGAUGAAACAAUGAGCUACUCUUGUGCCAUAUUUCGGACUCCAAAUGAAGACCUAAAGAAUGCACAGCUGAGGAAAAUCCAUACUUUAAUUGAAAAGGCAAGAAUUAGCAAGGAACAUCAUGUUCUAGAGAUUGGAUGCGGUUGGGGAGGUUUAGCAAUUGAAGUAGUCAAGCGGACUGGCUGUAGAUAUACAGGCAUCACUCUUUCGCAAGAGCAACUGCAGUAUACAGAGUCGAAAGUGAAGGAAGCUGGCCUGCAGGAUCAAGUAGAACUUCUUCUAUGUGACUACCGCCAAUUGCCUAAGAACUGCAAGUAUGACAGGAUAAUAUCAUGUGAGAUGAUAGAGGCCGUGGGGCAUGAAUAUAUUGAAGAGUUUUUUAGGUGCUGUGAGUCUGCAUUAACUGAAAACGGUAUUCUUGUUCUCCAGUUCAUAGCAAUAGCUGAUGAGAAGUAUGAUGAGUUCACGCAUAGUGCGGGCUUCAUUAAAGAAUAUAUAUUCCCUGGUUCAUGGCUGGCUUCGCUUAGCCGACUAACAUCUGCCAUGGCUGCUGCAUCAAGACUUAGCGUCGUGCACCUAGAAGAAAGAGGACUCCAUUACUUUCAGACACUCGAAUGUUGGCGAGAAAACCUCCUCAGAAACCAGAGUAAAAUACUGGAGCUGGGAUUCGAUGAGAAGUUCAUGCGCACAUGGAUAUAUUAUUUUGACUAUUGUGCAGCUGGACUUAAAUAUGGUGUUGUUGGAAGUUAUCAGGUUGUAUUCACUCGACCUGGAGAUAUUGCGGCAUUUGGCAAUAAACCAUACAACCCCGUGCCUGCUGAUCAUUGAUAAUGUUAUUUGAGGGGAAUCCGAUUCUUCUUCAACUAUAUAGAAUGGGUCUGAUCUCAUAUUAUACUUCUUCAGUGAUCUUAUGCUCUGCAUUUACGUUGUUGGAAUAAAGAGUUGAGACAUCUAUUAUGUUCAUGUAAUAAAGGGAACUACUGUUGAACAAAUAAUAAUGUAAUAGCAACAUCAACAGACCAUCAGGCCAUGUUUUGAGAAUUUUUUGUCUUCCUUUCAGUUUCAGCCCUUCUAUCUUGUUCAUGUUGAUGUUCUGUAUCUGUUUUUGGCAUAAAUUAAG